UUUACAGUUAAAAAAUAAUUUCAACACAUAGGCAGAUGUAAUCACAAGUGUUGUACCUCUAACGUGUUUUUUCCCAAACAUAAGCAGGUUCGCUGUAAGUGUGGUUAUUUAAUUGUUUUUUCCUAUCAGGCAUCACACUGGGCAUCUGUGCAGUUCCUGAAGCCCCCUCGGCCUAAUCGGUGCUCCGCUGCUCCUCCUGCUGCAGUGCCCGGCAGAAUCGCAGCGCUCAGCGCCUUUUAUGAGAAAGAGCGGCACCAGUGAUUAUUGUCAAACUCUGAGGACCACGGGACUGGAGCUGUGCCUUUGUUUUGAAAGUUUGCUCCGAGUUUAUCGCGGAAGGAGCAGACAGCAGGGGCUCGACGGACUUUGUAGGCCGUGGUGAUGGACUAGAAGAGCGGGGAACAGUCAGGCGUUAGGCCUGUGAAUGUGUGACGUUAGCUGGCUGUGCUAGCUGAUUUGAAGCGCUCUGUCCUUGUUUGGGUGCCGUGCUAACUAGCUAUUUUUGUUAGCAUAACACAGCCAACCGGGAUGCGUUAGUUUGUUUUGUUGUUGACGUGUUGAAUGGACAUAGUAAUGUCUCGCAGCUGAACUUUCCUGAAGUUUUCAGGAAGCGAUUUAACUUUGAAGUAAAGGAGAACAGGGUAUGAGUAGCUCAAACUUUAGCUUUUGGUUUGGUUGGCAGUGAACUAAACAAUAUAACGGACUUCACUUUGAUGAUAAAACGUCACUUUGGCUCAGUCCACACUGCGCAGAAAACCUCUGCUCCUUCACUAGUUUAAUCAUCCCAAUUUAAUUUUCUCUCCGUUCACUGUCUCCAGUCGUCGGCCGGCUCCCGUGGCUGGCCCCUCGGCACUAAGUGCCCCAUGGAGGAACAUGACAACAUGGACUAUUUUUACCAGCAGGUAGUGCAGAAAGACGUUACCCGCAGGCUGCAGGUCGGUCAGGAUCUUAUUGAGUAUCUGAAUGAGCCUCAUCGCUCCCCGGACGUUGAGCAAGACAAACCCCGACUUGAUAAGACAAUAGACGAGCUAACGGGAUGGGUGAACUCCAGCAAUUUCAAGGUGGCACUAAUGGGGAUCGAAAUCUGUGGUGCGUUUGUGGACCGCUUGGGAGAUCGGUUCAAAGGAUACCUUGGCACAGUCUUGCCAGCUUUAGUGGACAGAAUGGGUGAUGCAAAGGACCAGGUCAGGGAGAACAGUCAAGCCCUCAUCCUCCGCUGCAUGGAGCAGGCUGCAUCCCCCAUGUAUGUUUGGGAGCGGCUGGUUCCAGGCUUUAAACACAAGAACUUCCGCAGUAGAGAAGGAGUUUGUCUGUGCCUCAGUGCCACGCUCAGCACGUAUGGACCACAUUCACUGAGCCUCAGUAAAAUAGUCCCUCACCUCUGUAUUCUGACUGGAGAUCAGAACCCACAGGUACGUGAGGCCGCCAUAACAUCACUGGUGGAUGUUUAUCGCUACGUCGGUGAGAGGGUCAGAGUAGACGUGGGAAAGCGAAACCUCUCAGCAGCACGGUUACAGACAAUAUUCACCCGUUUUGAUGAAGCCUUGAAUUCAGGAAACAUGGCUCUCAGCCCAUCUCACGAUCGCAGCUAUGAAGAUGAUGACAGUGUGGAUGGGAGUCGGUCCUCUUCAGCUCAAGCUGCCUUCAAGGUCCCCAAAGUUCCCAAAAAGCCAGCAGAAACAUCAGCUGCACGCAGACCCAGCGCGACUAGUGGGAAGCUAGUAUCUAAGGACAGUGCCGGGGGAGUGGACGAAGAUGACUUUGUUAAAGCUUUUACAGACGUCCCUACUGUUCAGAUUUACUCAAGUAGAGACCUCGAGGACAACCUUAACAAGAUUCGUGAAAUCUGCUCCGAUGACAAACAUGACUGGGACCAGAGAGCCAACGCUAUGAAAAAGAUUCGCUCCCUGCUGGUGGCUGGUGCAACCAGCUACGACUGCUUCUACCAGCACCUGCGUCUCUUAGACGGGGCUUUUAAGUUGUCUGCUAAAGAUCUGCGAUCGCAAGUGGUUCGCGAGGUCUGCAUCACUGUGGCCCACCUGUCCACAGUGCUGGGAAAUAAGUUUGACCAUGGUGCAGAAGCCAUCGUUCCUGUUCUGUUCAACCUCAUCCCCAACUGUGCAAAGGUCAUGGCCACCUCCGGUGUGUCUGCGAUCCGUAUCAUUAUACGGCACACACACGUUCCCAGACUCAUCCCUUUGAUAACUAGUAACUGCACGUCCAAGUCUGUGGCUGUUAGAAGGCGCUGUUAUGACUUCCUGGACCUUCUGCUGCAGGAAUGGCAGACACACUCUUUAGAGAGGCACACAGCAGUCUUGGUGGAGAGCAUCAAGAAGGGAAUUCGAGAUGCAGACUCGGAGGCCAGAGUGGAGGCCCGCAAAGCCUACUGGGGAUUAAGGAACCACUUCCCAUCAGAGACCGACGCUCUCUACAACUCCUUGGAGCCGUCGUACCAGAGGACCCUUCAGUCCUUCCUGAAGAGUUCUGGCAGCGUGGCCUCGCUUCCUCAGAGUGACCGCUCCUCCUCUUCCUCUCAAGAGAGCCUCAAUCGGCCUCUGUCUUCUAAAUGGUCAGCAGCCCCAGGUCGAGUCCCCGCCAGUUCAAAGGGUGGGAUGUCGGCAGCAUCCCUGCAGCGUUCCCGUAGUGACGUGGACGUAAACGCAGCAGCGGUCGCUAAGCAUCGGCAUGUCGGAAAGCCCGGGGGAGCGGGUCGACUUCCCCCUGGCUCCUACUCCUCACUGGAUGAUGCCUCUGAUAAAACGGAUGGCCGUGUCCGUACCAAGCAGCCCCUGUCCACUCCCACCAGCAUGUCAAGCCAAGUGGACUCCAGAGGACGCAGCCGCACCAAGAUGGUCUCCCAGUCACAACGUUCGGACGAAUCCGAUUGCACACCAGGAUCUCAGUCUGCUACCUCCGCUGGUGCUGGCAGCCGGAGCGGUUCCCCUGGUCGCCUGCUGACGACCACAGCACUCAGCACCAUGAGCACCGGGGCUCACAGGGUGUUGGCUGGGGCCAGUGGAGAUGGACAUAGACGCAGCCGAAUCCCUCGCAGCCAGGGCUGCUCCAGAGACUCGUCACCCACUCGUUUGUCUGUUGCUCCUUCCAGCGUUAGUUCCAUCUACAAUGGCGCGAGUAGAGGAGCUCGAGGCAGUCGUAUCCCUCGGCCCAGUAUGAGUCAGGGCUGCAGCAGAGAGGCCAGCAGGGAGAGCAGCCGGGACACCAGCCCCAUACGCUCCUUCACACCACUUGCGACUCGGAGUUACUCUCGCUCCACCGGAGCUCUCCACACACCUGAUGUUUUUGGUGCUGCAGGCUCUGGUUUUGGCAUCAGCCAGUCCAGUCGUCUGUCUUCUUCUGUCAGCGCCAUGAGGGUCCUCAACACCGGCUCGGACGUAGAAGAAGCUCUGGCCGAUGCACUACUGUUAGGAGACAUGCGGUCCAAGAAAAAGCCAGCCCGACGGCGGUAUGAGAACUACAGCAUGUACUCUGAUGAUGACGCUAACAGUGAUGCAUCCAGUGCCUGUUCAGAAAGAUCCUACAGCUCUAGAAACGGAGGGUCCAUCCCAACCUACAUGAGACAGACGGAGGAUGUAGCUGAGGUGCUGAAUCGCUGUGCCAGUGCAAACUGGUCUGAGAGGAAGGAGGGGCUUCUGGGUCUACAAGCACUACUCAAAAACCAACGCACCCUCAGCCGGGUGGAGUUAAAGAGGCUGUGUGAAAUCUUCACUAGAAUGUUUGCCGAUCCUCACAGCAAGCGAGACUCCGGCAGAGUGUACGGCACGGCAGAAUCCGGUAUAAGCUCAGCCUCCUUCAAGAGAGUGUUCAGCAUGUUCCUGGAGACCCUGGUGGACUUCAUCCUGGUCCAUAAAGAAGACCCACACGACUGGCUCUUCGCCCCCCUCACGCAGCUGCUGAAGAAGAUGGGAGCUGACCUGCUGGGAUCUGUACAGGCCAAAGUUCAGAAAGCCCUGGAUGUUACACGGUGUUUCACGAUUCUGAUGAGAUUCACAGUCGACCAGACGCAGACUCCAAACCUCAAGGUGAAAGUGGCCAUUCUGAAGUACAUUGAGACUCUGACACUACAGAUGGAGGCGCCAGACUUUGUGAACCUCAGUGAGACUCGGCUGGCUGUCUCCCGCAUCAUCACCUGGACGACUGAACCUAAGAGCUCUGACGUCAGAAAGGCAGCACAGGCGGUGCUCAUUUCCCUGUUCCAGCUCAACACACCAGAGUUCACCAUGCUGCUAGCAGCUCUACCCAAAACAUUUCAGGACGGAGCCACCAAACUGCUCCAGAACCACCUUAAGAACACUGGCAACGCUGCACAGGCAACUAUGGGUAGCCCUUUGACACGACACACCCCCAGAUCUCCGGCCAGCUGGUCCAGUCCGGUCACCUCACCCACAAACACCUCCCAGAACACGCCAUCACCAAGUGCUUUUGAUUACGACACAGAAAACAUGAACUCGGAGGAUAUUUACAGUUCAUUGAAAGGUGUCACUGAGGCCAUUCAGAACUUCAGUGUUCGCAGCCAAGAAGACAUGAACGAACCUGUGCAUCGGAGGGAAGGAGAGGAGGGCGGUAGUGGGAUAGACAUUAGGGGAUCAGACUUCAUGGACGGAGGUCGCAUGGCUCUGGACAACAAGACUUCUCUCCUCAACACCCCCCUGCUGUCCUCCAGCCCCCGAGCUGCUCGUGAUUCUCCCUUUAAACAGGGCCGUAAAGACACCAGCCUGGACGACUCCGAGCUUCUCACAGACGAGAGCAGUCUGGAUCAGUCGGAGCUGGUGGCCGAGCUGCUGAAGGAAUUGUCGAAUCACAACGAGCGGAUAGAGGAGAGGAAGGCGGCGCUGUGUGAGCUGCUGAAGCUAAUUCGAGAAAACACGCUGCAAGUGUGGGAUGAACAUUUCAAAACCAUCCUGCUGCUUCUGCUGGAGACGAUGGGGGACAGAGAGCAUGUGAUCCGAACACUGGCUCUGCGGGUGCUGAGGGAGAUUCUCAGCAAGCAGCCCUGGAGGUUCAAGAACUACGCAGAGCUCACCAUCAUGAAAGCCCUGGAGGCUCACAAAGACCCUCACAAGGAGGUGGUGCGAGCGGCAGAGGAGACGGCGGCCAUGUUGGCCUUGUCUAUCAGUCCAGAACAGUGCAUUAAGGUGUUGUGUCCCAUCAUCCAGUCGGCUGACUACCCCAUCAACCUGGCUGCCAUCAAGAUGCAGACCAAAGUUGUAGAGAGGAUUCCCAGAGAUGGUCUGGGCGGCUUGCUGCCUGAGAUUGUGCCAGGGCUCAUACAGGGUUAUGACAACUCUGAGAGCAGUGUGAGGAAAGCGUGCGUUUUCUGCCUGGUAGCCAUACACGCAGUGAUUGGAGAGGAGCUCAAACCGCACCUCAGUCAACUGUCCAGCAGCAAGCUGAAGCUGUUGAAUCUGUACAUCAAACGUGCCCAGUCAGGCUCCGGCGGCAGCGAACUUCCCUCUGACGGCCUAUAGGAGAUGCUGUGCCCUCCCAAAGGGCAACCGUCGAACUGCAACUCUGCCCACCAGACAUGACACAUCUGUCUUUGUGCUCACACCCACACAGGCAAAGAACAAAAAAACAACACAUGCAUCCUAACAUCUUUUUUUUUUCAUAUGAGCAAACUCCUUACAUCCACAAGUAACACUUUCACUCUGGACAGCAGUGACAUUCACACCAACACAUAAUUGAUCUUCACACAUUUACUGCCAUUCUACAGGAUGGAAGAUGUGGUCACAGAAGAAAGUCAGGAGUUCUCCUGAUUGUUGCUGAGCUUCCACACUAAUGUCAGACUGAACUGAAGCCACAAAUCUGCAUCAGACAUAAACCCAGCGCUCACAUACAGUUCCCCCGGUCAUCAAGCAAGGAAGAAGAAGAAGUUAAAUGUCCAUCCUCUGCUUCAUGUGUCCAACACAAGUCUUUUUCUGAGAAUCACUCUGACGACAACAGGAAGAAAUUCACCUGCGUGUUUCUUUAAUUUUGAAAGGUAGUUAUUGUCCAUCCAGUGGCUCCGCUGUUUCCUCGUGUUUCCUCUGUGAUCAGUGGUUAAGAGGAGCCAGGUAGAAAGGAAUGUAAAUUUGUGUUGUCAUAGUUUUGAUUUAAUCAAUGAGAUUUUACUGCUGCCGACUUUUUUUAAUCUCUGUAGUUUCCUUCUCUUUCUCUCUCUCUCUCUCUCUUUCUCUCUCUCACACACACAUACACAGUUUCUCCUUACAAAGGUGCUUUUGAGCCAAAAAGGUACGACCGACCAACCCUGCACAGUACUGAUGCCAGUCACCCUGGAUCAUGCCCUGCUCAUAGCAUAUACAGCACUUCGGCAGAUUCAGACCCAUACCAGGCGUUGUGUGCUAACGUUAUGCAUGUGAUUAAAGUUUAAAAAGAAAAAAAAAAUAAAGGAAGGACUUUUUAUUUGAGUUAUUAACAGUCAGAGCAGUGUGACCGGGUUCCUGAACCGAUGUGAAGAUGUCCGGCCUUUUCACAUGACCCUGCAGUGUCCCCCGUUUCUCCAGCUCAUCUUGGAUCAUCGGUGCGUGCGGCUUACUACACAAAGUAUGGACGGGACUCAACUGAUUAUAAAAUCACAUAGUGGAUAUGUAUCUAUAUAUGAUAUUAACAUGGAUUUACCCAACAACAGUGUCUUUAUGGAGAGUCACUGAAGGGGGUUGCACGCACGCACCUGUGUCCAGCCUUGUCUUUGUUUUCUCUUUCUCUCUGUUGUGCGUGCUGUAGUCUCUCUCCCUCUCUCUCUCUCUCUCUCUCUCCCCUUCUCUCUCUGUCUCAAUCUCACUUUUUUUUCUCUGCUGAGAAAAUUGUAGAAAUGUAUUAUUAUUUACAGCUCUGAUGAACAUGGAUCACAUCACUUCCUGUCUCCCCUCCUCUUCAAUGUGUCUUUUUUCCAUCCUCUUCUUGUAACAUUCUAGUUUUCACCGCUCUUUCCUCUGUGCAUUUACAAAGCUGUGCUUACAAUAAAAUAAAGAACUUGUACAGGUCAUUAAAGAA